UAUUGUGAUCUUGUGAUACUGGUAACACUGACUGCCGGUUCCUGAUAAAACUAACCUUAAAUAACUUUAUUUCGGUUAUCAUAACACAUGUACGUUGUUUAUGUUAUAUUAGAAAAAAAUUGUCAAUACUUUCGUUUAUUAUUGGAUUGUUACAUAUUAAUACUUGUAAUAGCGAAGAUCCAUUAUCAAGAACCCCUGCAGGAGGUCAACCAUCGUAUUACAACAGCUUGAUAAAAUAAUUGUUUAAUACUCAGUUGAUUAGCACAAGGUAACGAAAACAGACAUGGCAGCAAAUGGGAAAUUGGCUCUUCUUAGUGUAUCAGACAAAACAGGUCUGUUACCGUUAGCAAAAUGCCUGUCAGACAUUGGACUGUCCCUUGUAAGCACUGGUGGGACUGCCACCGCUCUCCGCAAUGCAGGACUCAAAGUCCUGGAUGUGUCGGACAUCACUGGAGCACCGGAGAUGCUCGGUGGCCGCGUCAAGUCAUUGCACCCGGCUGUACACGCCGGUAUACUAGCUAGACUUACUGAUUCCGACCAAUCCGACUUGAAGCGUCAGAAGUUUGAACUGAUAAGCGUGGUAGUCUGCAACCUAUACCCAUUUGUUGAAACGGUAUCCAAAUCUGGAGUGACAGUGGCAGAUGCAGUUGAGAACAUUGACAUUGGUGGCGUCACACUGUUGCGGGCCGCAGCUAAGAACCAUGACAGAGUGACCGUUGUAUGUGACCCUAGCGAUUAUGAUAGUAUUAUCAAUGAACUGAACAAAAGUAAUAAUCGCCAGACCUCACUUGAUACAAGAAAAAGGUUAGCACUCAAAGCCUUCACUCACACAUCUGAAUAUGAUCUGGCCAUUACUGACUACUUCCGUAAAGAAUACUCCGCUGGACAACAACAGCUGACAUUGAGAUAUGGAAUGAACCCACAUCAGAAACCAGCUCAGGUUUUCACAACCCGUGAUAAACUGCCACUGACCACAUUGAAUGGGUCGCCUGGUUUCAUUAACUUAUGUGACGCCCUCAACGCAUGGCAAUUGGUACGUGAAUUGAAGGAAGCUUUGGGACUGCCCGCGGCUGCUAGCUUCAAACACGUUUCACCAGCGGGUGCAGCUAUAGGAGUCCCCUUGACAGGUGAAGAUGCAAGCGUGUGCUGUGUGAGCGCAUCAGAAGCAAGCACUCUGAGUCCUUUAGCAGCGGCGUACGCGCGCGCACGCGGUGCUGACCGCAUGAGCUCGUUCGGGGACUUUGUGGCGCUUUCGGAUGAGUGCGACGCGUCCACUGCGCGCAUCAUCUCCCGUGAGGUCUCCGACGGGGUCAUCGCCCCUUCCUACGCGCCUGAUGCACUGCUUCUACUCAAGAAGAAGAAGGGGGGUAACUACUGUGUGCUGCAGAUGGAUCCAAAUUACGACCCUACUCUACUGGAACAGAAGACUAUCUUUGGUCUCACGCUGGAGCAAAGGCGCAAUGAUGCUAAAAUCACAUCAGAUUUGUUCAAAAAUAUUGUGACAAAAAACAAAAAUUUGUCAGAAACCGCCGUAAGAGAUUUGAUUGUGGCGACCAUAGCCCUGAAAUAUACGCAAAGUAACUCUGUAUGCUACGCAAGAGACGGGCAGGUGAUCGGCAUCGGCGCCGGGCAGCAGUCGCGCAUCCACUGCACGCGGCUCGCUGGAGGCAAAGCCGCGCUGUGGUGGGCGCGCAGACACCCGCGCGUGCUGGCCGCCGCCGCCGCCGCCCGCGCCGGCACCACGCGCGCCGUGCUCGCCAACGCCGUCGACAACUACGUCAACGGCACCGUAGGCAGCGAUUUACCGUUUGAACAAUGGAACAGUCUUUUCGAGGACAAACCGCCCGCGCUGCUAACACAAGAAGAGCGAGAUGAAUGGACCAAAAAGUUGGACAAGGUCGCGCUAGCUUCAGACGCCUUCUUUCCAUUCCGUGACAAUAUCGAUAGAGCUGUUCAGGUUGGUGUGGAGUACAUCGGCAGUCCAUCAGGAUCUAACAACGACGAGGCAGUUAUUCAAGCAUGUAACGAACACAAUAUAGUGCUAGCGCACACAAAUCUUCGACUUUUCCAUCACUGAAAUAUUUUAUAAAGUUUUCUACUUCACAUUAUUGAUUUAUCUGCAUUAUUUGAAAAGAUCUUUUAUAUGAAUCUGGCAUUUAUGUAUAGUAUCUGUUUUAAUAUCUGCAUAUCUGUUCAUAUCAUAUAAGUUGAUAAGACAUUUUUGUUGUAGCUUUAUGCAUAAUUAUAAUAUGCAAAAAACUACUUAGUGACAAUAAAAAUAAGAGUAAUAUUGUAUUUUAAAACAUUCCAUCGUUUAUAUAAAUAAUUAAUAUUAUUAAUAUAUCAUUUUAUAAUGCAUUAUUAAAUAUUUACACGUAGACUUGCGUGCAUUCGUAGCUGCAUGUCUGUGAUAUACUCAUGUAUAUAUAAUUAAGUUACACCCUAUAUAUUUAUAGAGGUAUUACGAAUGUCGUAUUUGAAAAGGUAAAUUAAGUAAAUACCAAAAUUGUCUCCUGUAAUCGUUAGUUGUGUGAUAUUACAGGAAUCUCAUGUUAAAAUUGAGCCAAAACAGAUAUGAAAUCAAAAGGAUCUUAAAUCAAUCAAAUCUCACGAACGUUUUGAAUUAUACGCAAUUUUAAAAUUAUUUAUAUUAUUUUAUUGCAUUGUUGUAUAUGUAUUGUAAAUUCAUUGUUUUACUAUGAUUUCAUAAUUGGAAUUACAGAAGUUUCUAUUGUUCCUAUUAAAAAAAAAUCUCAUUGUCAUCGCGUUUUACAAAUUAACUCUCUUAGUAAAGUUACUUUUGUAAUAUGAAUCUAAAAUGAAUAUUGUUAACAAUAGUUUAUUGUAAAAACACAUGGAAAUCAAAAGAAUUACUAUUCAAGACCAUGCACUCGUUAAUAAAAGUUAUGUAAUAGCUUAAAAAUUAAAGGUAUGAAUUAUUGACUCCCAAAAAAUAAAAUUAUAGUACAAAUCUGAAAGAAAUCUUUUUUUUUCAAAUGUAUUUACAUAAAUAUGUAGGAAUUAUGGAGUAACAAACAUUAAAUACAGCCGAAUUGAGAACCUCUUUAAUUUUUGGAGUCGUUAAAAAAAGUCUUGAUGCAUAAAAUAGACAUAUAAAAUCUUGAUUAAGGUAGUAAAGUGAAGUGGUAACAAUACUGUGUGUGAUCGCUUUUAUCUACCUACUGAAAAGGGUAGGAUAUCUAAUUAUAAUCUUUGUUGUUAGUUCAUUUAGGGUUAAAUAUGCCACUAUAUUCCAAUAAAUAUUAUAUUGUUACUGUUAAACUAUUGUUGAUAUUGAAUACAAAUAUUGCCUUAUUGUUCAAAUUUUGUUAAAAUAAAUACUGAUAAAUAAGAAAUAUUCAUCUGCUCAAACAAUAUAUUGUUGUUAUUGUAUACAAAUACGAUGUGCCUUAUUGUUAACAUAAAGUAUUUUAUUAUUAUAAUAAAGAUCAAGGUUUUGUAAUCUUUUUUUA